AUGACUCCUAGGGCCAAGGGUCGUCCCAGCACAUCAUCAAGUGCAUCCGAAUCAUCUGCUAGAGUAGACACCUUAGAGCAAGAAAAUGCAGAUUUGAAGACCCGACUCUUGAGCUUGGAGGCAGAAUUUCGAGCAGAGCGGCAAUUCCGAUUGGAUCUUAAGCAAAUUGAGCGAGAUAUGCAAGCCUUGUUGGAUCAAAUGAGUGCAACACCACAUCGUUUUGCCUCUCAGGAGACUCAAGACUCUAGUAAUUCCCCUGAUCCGAACGUUGAUAUCUAUACAACACCAUCAUCAUAUAUCCAAAUUAGCAUUCAGUUGGUCUCCCAAAUCGAUGUUCCUAAUGGGACAGAGAGCAUCGGGGUCCCGAAACAAGUGUUGGUUGAUGACUCCAGCCAUGAUCCCCUCUCUGAGACAAAAGACCUCUGGUUCCCCAUCAUAGACAAACCCCAUAUCUUCGUUGGCAGCAUUGAGUCUCACACGAUCACCCUUCUAUUCCAUCCAAUUGGCCUGCUCAGGCCUAAACCUCCUGUGGUUUUUCAGGAGUUCGUCAAUCACGGCGGCGUCAUGUUCAAGGUGUAUGUCGUAGGAGAUUACGUGCAAUGCGUGUGCAGGCCCCGGCUGAAGGCACAGGCCAAUAAGGCCAAUGCCUAG